AUGCGUGCCGUUGGGCGAUGUUUGCGCUCUGCGAAGCGUUGUUUUGGUGCUAAAUUUUCUACAAAAGAGGACUUAAAUGUUAUCCUUUGUCGUCAGAUUCGGUCAGCUGGCCCAAUAUCCGUUGCGGAAUACAUGAAAACUGUCAUGCAUCAUCCUGCUUAUGGAUACUACAACAAUUCUUCUGUUUUGGGUCCUGACGGGGAUUUUAUAACUUCGCCUGAAAUAAGUCAGAUUUUUGGUGAGAUCCUUGGGGUUUGGAUAGUUAAUGAGUGGAUAAACUAUACCAAAAGCACACCUUUUGAUAUUGUGGAGUUGGGACCCGGUCGAGGAACCCUAAUGGCCACUGUCAUUAAAGUAAACGAUCGUCUGCGCGAAAUGCAGGAGUCUGUAAUAUCUCCCAUUCUCAAAACUUAUUGUAUCAAGCCUGGUCUUUCGUGGUACUCGUCUCUGGAUGAAAUACCCACGGGGUGUGUUACUUUUUAUUUAGCAAACGAGUUCCUUGACGCCUUGCCCAUCCAUCAGUUCCAGCGGGUUGGAGAUGUCUGGAAGGAAGUUUUCGUUAGCACCAUUGGUCCGUCAACUUCUGAAGAAGCAGGUGAUCAGUUGGUGUUCGUCACUUCGCCUUCCAGCACAAUUGCUGCCUCAACGUAUCUACCUCUUGCUGGUGAUCUAUCAAACAAAAAGUGCGUCGAGGUCUGCCCUGAAGCUGGAGCUAUUCUCCAAACCAUCGCUUCUCGCAUUGCAACCGAUGGUGGCUCAGCGCUGAUCAGUGACUAUGGCCAUCUUGGGGAAUGCGAGGAUACGUUGCGUGCAUUCAAGGACCACAAGCUCCACGAUCCGCUCAAAGACCCCGGUCAGGCGGACAUCACUGCUGACGUCGAUUUUGCAUUUCUUCGACGGUCUGUUGAAGCCGCAAAAGAGCCAGUCAUUUUUCACGGGCCUGUGAGUCAGGCUUACUUCCUUGUACACAUGGGCAUUUUAUUGCGACUCAAGGCGCUUGUUGAAAAGGCAGAAGUUGAAGAGGACAAGAAAAGUCUGAUUGCGGCAACAGAGAUGCUCGUCGGGUCGAAUCAGAUGGGUAAACGCUUCAAAUUCGUGGCUCUCACUCCGGCGCGCAGUAGAAAGGAGAAAGAACAUAUCCCUGGAGGAUUUUACCCCACUUGGGAUACCACCAAAACUUAG